AUGGUGCGGAAAAAGAAGGGGAAGGAGUCGAAGGAUGUGGUCAUGGCGCCCGUCAAGGAGGGGAAGGUCAAGAAGACCAUCAAUAAGAGUAAACGGCGGAAGGCGCCUAAGCCCCAGCCCGCUGUGGCGGAGAGCCGCAAGCAGCGGAGAAAGCGCAUUGCAGCAUCCGUUGGAGGGACUGGUGAGACUGCAGAGCAGCUGCGGGGGCGGCAAGUGGUGGAAUGGAAGGAGAUGAAGGCAAAGGUGGCCCAAUUGAAAAAGGAAAAACAAAAGCUACCAAGAAGAGGCAGCAAGGAGCAAAAGCAAGACUUAGCGCAGAAGAUCCGGCAACUUCAAGAGGACAUGCAGGUGCGCCACCUUGCGGAAUUGAAGGCUGCUGGCCUCGAGGGCACCGGUCCUCAGGACGAUGACAUGGAUCUCUGA